AAAUGGUCGGUUGUACUCAUUAUAUUUGCAUUCCUGCUUCUUCAACAAAUCCAUUGGCUUCCCUCUGAUGCACACCAUCACAUCCAGAAUGAUAUAACUGGAAAAUCAUCAAAGGCUUCUAAUGAUGGAACUCAGCCUUCAAGUUUGCUGGCUCCUCUGAAGUUGUCUGACUUUCCAGGACUGCCUUACAUUUUUCCAAAUGGGUCUUUUCAACUUGGACCCAGUGAAACCAGGAAUUUUCCCAUACACCCAGAAGAAGCCCCUGGCCAUGACAGAUUCCUGGAGCAGAGUCUUUUCAAUCCUCUCAUUGAACCAAAUGCACCUAUAAAAACCAUAUUGAUUGUACCAUCCAAUGAUCUGCAGUGGAUUCCAUCUAGAGGCACAGAAGCUUUCUCACACUGUCCUGUUAAGAAAUGUGACUUGCAAAGAGGACCAGGGUUGCCCUUUAGUAAGGAUGUUGACCUUGUCAUCUUCCACUUUAAUGUAAACAUGGAAAGAACCCAUGAACACAGGGAUCAGAUUUGGGUUCUUUGGACCCAAGAAAGCCCAACUAUGUAUUCAUCCAUGAAAUCACCUCCACACUCCAUCAAUUGGACAGCCACUUAUCGCAAAGACUCUGACAUACCCUUGUUGAUGGGGAAAUGGAUGUAUUUCAAUGAGCAGAUUAAAGCCCAACCUCAAACUGAGAACCUGGCAAAAAACAAGACCAAGAAGGUGGCCAUGUUCACUUCAAAUUGUAAUGCAAAGAACAAUCGUCUGCAAUAUGCCAAAGAGCUCAGCAAACAUAUACAAGUUGACAUUUAUGGAAGAUGUGGGAGUCUGAAAUGUUCUAGAAACAAUAAGAGCAAAUGCUUUGAGAUGCUGAAGAGGGAUUACAAGUUUUACUUGGCUUUUGAAAACAGCAACUGCAGGGAUUACAUAACAGAAAAAUUCUUUGACAAUGCUUUGCAGAACAAUGUGAUACCAAUUGUCAUGGGAGCAGAAAAGAAGGAUUACUUGGAAGUUGCACCCUUGAACUCAUUCCUGCAUGUUGAUGACUUCCAAUCUCCAAAAUCACUUGCCAAGAAACUCCAUGAAAUUGACAAGGAUGAUGGUCAAUUCAACUCCUUUUUCCAGUGGCAUGGCACAGGACAAUUUGCAAAAAUGUUUGAAAAUGUCAUGUGCCUCUUUUGUGCCAGGCUGCAUGACCCUCAUAAGAAGCCAAAGAGCUAUCCAAACACAAGGGGUGCACUUCCUGCUGGUCAAUGC